AUUUAUUCAGAGAAUUCAAUAUGAUUAGAAAUAUACGUACAUUUCAUUUUGGAUUUUAUAGUGCUUCUCUGGCUCCUUCACAACUCUGUUUUGCAGUGAACCGAACAUUGGGCCUAUAAAUCUUGAAUAAAAGUAUCUAGAUGUUUGCUUGAUCUGACUCUCGAUAUAUUCACAAUGUAAUUAAAUUAACGAACGCGUAGUGCGUAUGUUACAAACGCAACGUUGAUGUCCGUGCAUUGAAUGGUGACUGCGUUGUCUAAAAUAGCGGUCUAAAAUUAGCAUUGCGCUGUACAGGACUAAGCUCUUGGGUCACCCGGACUUGUGAAAAUGUGUAAUUUACAGUUUAGCGGUUUAGCGGACGCUCUUACCCAAAGCAAGUGACUGCUGCUAUUGCACACAUUAAAUCAAAGUGCACACCUGACUGUUACAAAACAACUUGGUCGAUUUGUAGCGCAAUUUAAAAACCAGCCUGGCAAUUAUUGAUUCAUAAUCAAUCAUUCGGUAUCAUUACGGGUCGAUAAAAUGUACAUUGCAUUGCACAUUUUAUGCGAAGAGCCAGUUAAGACAUUAAAAAUGAACAAAAUAUACAUGCAUGCUGCAGGUGUGAAAUACUUUCAUUGAUUGUGUGUUUGCUUGCAUGUACACAUGUGCCUGUUUCUCUCUCUGUUAAAGUUAACCUCUAUCUCCUGUCUUUUCUGUGUGUUGUCGGGGGAGUGGUAUAGUGAGAGUGUUUGUGUUCAGCCUGUCUCUGAGGCUGCGAUGCCUGCAUUAGAAAUUGGUCUUUUGACCUAUCAGAUCAGCGCUGUAAAAAAAAAAAAGAGAGGCAAAAGAUGGGUUGUGAUAGGUCAAAACGACAAUUAGUAGGGGAAAUGAUCACAAUUGGGAUACAGUCCUCCUUUUACACCUGGAUGGGUAGCAGCUAAAGGCUGCACCAAGUCUGCAAACACAGAUAUGAACCCUUGUCUAAACUCACUUCCCAGGCGGGGUUUACUGUUGCCAGGCGCUAAGCCGGUAAAGAUGACAUGGAAUUUAUUUUGAGGAUGAUCAGUUUAUUAUAUGGUGGCUUUGGAUGACUUAUUGGGUGACAGGUCUAUUAUGUUUCUAAAGUUCCCACCUCAGUUUGCAAUCUUAUUGAUUUUUUUUUGGACAAGCACAUGGCUUACAGCUCUCUGAACAGUUUUGAUUGAUGCUAAUUGUUAUUUCUCUCAACUUCUAAAGUUCAUUAACUCCGAAAUCCAGAAGGAUUUCCUACAAUAGGCAGCCAGUCCAACCAACUAAUCCAGGGAGAAUUAAUCUGCCUGUUGCUUUUAAUUAUUGUUUAUUUAUCCCUGUUUUGGACUUUUGGAUUUACUAGUAGAUUCGGCCUGUGGUUAAGAUCACUGGGCAGCCUGCGGAUUUCAGCGAUUACCAUCUGCUCCCUGUAUAGUGGUAACUGAUGUUUAACUGACCUUGCUGCAGUGCCAGCAUUGGGGAAGCAUUGUUUUAGGAAGUUAUGAUAUGGGUAGUUGGCUUAAGUUUAUCAGCAUCAGUUGAAUUCUUACACCAACCCUGAAGAGGUAAAUAUCCUAGGGGUUUGGGUGAUAAACCAGAAAGUAAAGAUUGCAGAUUUGAAUCUCAGAGCAGACAAGAUGAAAACCUGCCCCGAUGCCUGUGAGCAAGGUUCUUACCCAUAACUGCUCCUGUGAGUAGAUUCCAGUAUGAAUGUCUGCGUUACUAAAAUUUGACUACCUGAAUUGCAUAACCCUGGAAUUUUGUGCAUAUUUGAUAUUUAACUCUGGUUUUGUAAAUGGCUAGUUAUAAAUAGUUGCUUUGGACCCAUCGUUAAAUCAAUACAUACUGUAUACAUGAACGUUUCUGCUCCAUUAGUUGAUUUCCUUCUUUUGAAUAGGCCUAUCAACACAACCACAUAGAUCUCUGUCAGGUUUCCCUACCUGCUUUUCUGGAAUACUCUCGGAAUACUCUCCCCUGCCUUUUGUCUGGGUCAUGUUUCUGUCACGAGUAUCUGUCACACUAACCAUCCGGCACUCGCAAAGAAAUGUCUGCAAAUAUGUUGGCCAGACAAAAGUCCCUCCUCAAUCCAUCAUGUGACAAAACAAUAUGCCUAUUCCAAUACACAGAGACGUCGCCAAAUCAUGUUGCUUAACUUCCCAGAACAAGCCUCAGGCAGCUACCUGGCUGGGUGUGUCUGGCCCGGCACCUGGGUAGGGCCUGUCACUCCACCCCUGCGCUUCCUACACUCUCCAAAGGCAGCGCCCGCUAUCCCCCAGGCAGUCUGUUGUUGUGCUGGGUCUGUGAACGUUGGUUUUGUCUCCCGUGCUCACUGUUCCCGACCGGAGGAAGAGGACUUCUAUUCAUUAUCCAGGCCUGCCGUCGUCAACAGGCCGCAGCCAGAAUGCAGGGGACAGAGGUUUGCCAAGUCUACCAACAGAACAGAGCGUCUGAUCGAAGAAUGACCAUGGAUUUUUCUCGCCUGCACACAUACACCCCGCCACAGUGUGCUCCGGAGAAUACCGGCUAUACCUACUCCCUCAGCUCCAGCUACUCCACCGCCGCCCUCGAGUUUGAGAAGGAGCAUCAGAUCGCGCCCGUUUUCGACUCUCCCAGGAUGUCGCGGCGGAGCCUGCGUCUUCAGACCACCGGCGGCCUCUAUGGCAACGACAGCCUGGCCGACAUCUCCUCGCAGAACCACGGCUACAGCAGCGGAGUGUCCGGUCGUAGGGAGUCGCGGACGGUGCGGAGCAGAAAGCAGCAGUCUGCCACCAACUCGCUGUCCCUGUCUCUGAUCCAGACGCCACGCAAGACCCUGUCCUUCUCCUCCACCAACACCCCCACCGCGGCCAGCGACGCCUCCCUGCUCUCCUCCACCCUGGACCAGUCUAGCCUCCGCCAGCGAAUCGCCACGGCAACCACAGACAGCCACUGGGGUUCAGAUCAGGAUGCCAGUCUAAGAGUGACGAGUUCAGAGGAACACCGCUCCAUGGGUCUUAAUGGCGGCUCCAACUCCAAAGGCUCGCACAGCCACACCAUGCUCGCCAACGGUUACAUCUGUAAAGACUGUUCCAUACACUCGGAGAGGAAAGACGCCCUCACCACGUACUCCUCCUCCUCCAUGUUCUCCUCUUCCUCCCAGGCUGCCUCUGCCUUCUCCUCUUCAUCCUCAGCGGGGGCCUCGUCCUCCAGUUUGUACUGCGCUGACCGGAGUCGGAGGAACAAGACAGGUGUCCUGGUGUCAUUCUCUAACACGUGUAUCCACCACAGCAGACGAGUCCUGGCGCCCGUAAUGUCCCUCGUGACACUGCUCUUCCAGAACGUUCUGUGGCUGGGCACGAGGGCCAGGAGCCACACCGGCAAAGGUGUCUGGGCGUCCCUCUCCGCCUGGUCCAGACAGGCCGUCACCUCCGGUGCCUCCAGCGUCUCCUGGCUCUUUAAGCAGACCACUCUCCACAGGAUGAUGGGCUACAAGACCGACAGCUACGAAGGCAAAGCUCACUCCAGUUACUGCGGAAGCAUGAAUGUGAAAGACGUGGUGACGGGAGAUGGACACCAGCACUUUUUUAAUGGCUCGCUGUGUGACGACUGCAAAGGGAAGCAGCACCUGGAGACCCACACACUGGACCACAGUAACACACAGGGGUCCUGGGUCCGCCGUCAUGUGGGCGCUCUGUGGACCCUCAUGACACACACAGGCUCCCGUCUGUUCCAGCCGGGUUACUUUGUGGUGAGGGCAGGACGAGCCCUGGGGACGGCAGUACAGUCGGUGGCUCAGAGACUACUGUCAGUGCUGUGGCUUCUCCUGGCCGCUCCGGGUAAAACCGUCAGAGGGUUGUUUUGGUAUCUGGGGACAGGCUGGUACCAGCUGGUGUGUGGCAUGUCUCUGUUUAAUGUCUUCUUCCUGACCCGGUGCCUGCCCAGACUGCUGAGACUGCUGCUGUUCCUUCUCCUCUUCCUGCUGCCCCUUGGUUUGUGGUUCUGGGGUCCGUCCAGUUUCCUCGGCUACCUUCCUGUCGUCAACCUGACAGAGUGGCGCUCCAGGCUGGGGUCUCCCUUCGCCCUGUCAUCGUCCUCCCUGACCCCUGGCCUGGUCCCCACCCCCGCCUCCCUCCUGGAGAAGACCACCGCCGCCCCCCCCUUCACACAGCCCCAGCCGGUCCUCCCCCCGGUGGCCAACGUGGACCCAGAGAGCCUGGAGCGUCUGGAGCGCGUGGAGCGCGGCCUGGCCCUGCUGUGGGAACGGGUGCAGCAGGGGGACCAGAGGCAGGAGCAGCGUCACGGAGACACCCUGGCCCAGUACACACUGCUGAGGGAACAGCUGGACAGCCAGACAGACAGGAGGAGCCUGGGUCUCUGGAUCUCUGGCCUGCUGGAGGAGAGGAUCACUGUGUUGAGAGGGGAGCUAGAGCAGCAGGGGCAGAAGGAUGCCUCACGCAGGGCCCAGACAGAGGAGCAGCGUGUUCAGCAGCAGCAGAGUCAGGAGACACGGCUAGCUGAGUUAGAAGUGCUACUGAAGCUUCUCGCUACUAAAACUGAGGAAGUGCACCUGAAACAACAACAGCAACAGCCUGAGGAGAAGAAAACAGGAGGAGCCUCACCAGCACCUGCCCCUGUCUCUGUCAGUGUGGGUGUGGACCAGGAAGCCCAUGAUGCUUUGCUGGCCGAGGUGCAGAGGCUGGAGGCAGAGCUGGGCCGUAUCAGGGGCGACCUACAGGGGGUGAUGGGUUGUAAGGGGAAGUGUGAGCAACUGGACACCAUUCAGGAAACGGUGUCGGCCCAGGUGAGGCAGGAGCUGCGGGCCGCGUUCUACGGCUCUGACCACCAGGGACAGCCAGAGAUCCCGGAAGGUCUCCUCCGGUGGCUGUCGUCGCGCUACGUGAGCGGGACCGACCUGCAGGCUCUCCUGGCGUCGCUGGAGCUCAGCAUCCUGAGGAACGUGUCGGUGCAGCUGGAAAAGGGCUGGGCGGAGGCCCGGGCGGAGGCCGAGGUCAGAGACUCCGUCGUCACUAAGACCCAGGCUGUUACAGAGAGCGUCCAGCACACCGCCGCCACGGCGGGACUGUCUGAGGAGCAAGUGCAGCUGAUUGUCCAGAACGCCCUGAAACUCUACUCCCAGGAUCGGACUGGCCAAGUGGACUAUGCCCUGGAGUCUGGAGGCGGCAGCAUCCUGAGCACCCGCUGCUCCGAGACCUACGAGACCAGGACAGCCCUGAUGAGCCUGUUCAGCGUGCCCCUCUGGUACUUCUCCCAGUCGCCGCGCGUCGUCAUCCAGCCUGAUGUGUAUCCGGGGAACUGCUGGGCUUUCAAAGGUUCUCAGGGUUACCUGGUCAUCCGUCUUUCUCUGAAGAUCCUUCCGACGUCUUUCUGCCUAGAGCACAUUCCCAAGGCCCUGUCCCCGACCGGGAAUAUCACCAGCGCUCCGCGCAACUUCACCGUCUACGGUCUGGACGAUGAGCAUCAGGAAGAGGGAAAGAUGUUGGGUCGAUACAUCUACCAGGAGGACGGAGACGCUAUGCAGAAUUUCCCUGUCAUGGAGAAGAAUGACAGGGCCUUCCAGAUCAUCGAGGUGCGGGUUCUGACCAACUGGGGCCACCCCGAGUACACCUGCCUCUACCGCUUCAGAGUCCACGGAGAACCACGCGUCCCAUGAAGGCUGUCGGUGCCCGCGUUCACCUGCCACUGUACAGUCUAAAUGCACAUACAUCUCAUCCUAUAUGUAUAUAAUCCAGGAAAUAUUUUCUAAGUAGAGUGGACUGAGCAAAACCGAAGACAUUUUGUUUAAUAUAUACGAGGGACAGAAGUUGGGUUGGGUUUUUGAUUUACGGUAGAAUGUGUUCCCGAGGGAGAUAUUAUGGGGUGGUUAAACUCUGUGCUGAAAGGAUUAAAGAAUGAACUGUAAUGAAAGUCAGGGAAUGUGAAAGAGAAGAGUGGAAGUUGAAGAAGCUCAGUCCCAGUCCCUCCUUAAACCUGCUCUUGCACUGAAUCAGCCUCCUCUCUCACUUCCCCAUGAGGCAUUGACCUCCAGAUGGAUACGGACCACAAAAAAUGUCUGCUUAUUUCCUUACAAUGUGUUUUUUUGUACUAUGUUAUUGUCAGUAGAGUUUCUAGAGACCCCUCAUGAGGUCUCUUGGGAUUUCAGGAUCAUAGCCACAGAACUCGGCCUAGAUCAUAGCAUUUUUAUUGGCUUCUCACAACACUGCAUAGGUCUUUCUCAUUCACUCAGCCCAAAGGUACUUCCCUCUGCUGCCUCAGUCUAAAGGGCAAGCUAACGGAUAUUUACAUGACAGGAAUGCAACUGUUUUCUGUACCUGAAAACCACCAUCUAAUCAUUGUAUUAAGUAUACACAGCCAUCAGUACUAAGCUCUGUUUCAUUCCCAUGGGAGACAUUGUAACACAUGUGGACAACAUGAAUGUGGAGCUACUUACAGGUGCUGAAUGUGUUCCUUUGUUUCCCCUUACUGCUAUGACCCCUGAGCUGAACAGGACACAUUAACGCUAGUUUGACUAUAAGAAAUAAUUUUUGUAUGUAUAGUUGGCGAAGACAAUAAAGGUAUGUGGGUGUGGACUUCAGGAAAAAUCCUAACUUGAGAUACAAGUGCGAAUAUCAUCCUUCUACAGACGCUCAUCAGCCUAAUUGAUUUGAUAACCUCCACAUUUUUCAGUUUGAGUUGGUGUUUGUAUCUCAAGUUAGGAUUUAGUCAUACCGUUCUGUGAGUCCAGACAGGAGAAAGUCACCAUAAGUGAGACUCUGACAGCCAAUGGUUUGACUUGCACAGAGAGCCAAUCAGGUGGUUUCUUCUUGUGCGUUCAUAAUAACGUCCUCUUCUAGGGCUUCUAUCCCCUUCAGGAAUGUAAUCUGUAUAUUUAAUUGUUCAUCAUUAUCCUUGGUCUUUUUAAAAAUCUUAUUUUGUCAGUGUUGAUUUUCUGGAGAGAAAAAAGCAUACACACCCUGUCAUAAUUUUAGUAAUUCUUUGAUAUAAUUCUUGAUGAUUAUUAUUGCCCAUUGAACAUGUAUAAUGAUUUAUUUUUUAAAUGUUUUAGUUCAGAGUAAUAACUAAGGAUGCACUGAGUCCUCUCCAUUCGUGGAAAGAAAUUAGAUGUAGUACCACUACAUUUUAAUUCUUUGUCUGGAUGGGAAAGACUAAUGUACAAACAAUUAUUUCUUCAUGCUCCUAUUUAUUUUUCAAACAAUUUGUAAUUGCAAGAUAGGACUCGUUGCAAUGUUUUUUUUUUUUUAAAGCUAUUCAGUGCAUCUUGGAACCAUCUUGGGAUAGUGCAGAUUUUUUUUGUUGUUUGUUUUAAAAUAUUUUUUAUUUUUGUUUCUGCUGUAAUGAGACAGCUGCUUUUGGAAUGUAUUCCAAUAAAGAAUUUAAUUUUCA